AUGGCAAAGUUGAACCCAGGCUGUACAGUUAUAGCCACUUUCUUGAUUAUGACUGUGAUAUCAGUCAGUGGACAGUUUAGCACUAAGAGUAAUCACAAGUGGGCUGGGGCCCAUGGCAGUCGUUCAUAUUUUGACGAAAUCUCCUACAUCAACAAGCUGGCUCAACAGAGACAGGUCUUCGAAAGCUUCAUUGUUCAACAAGAACUUGAGAAACUGUCAGAAACUUUGCUAGGACUCUCAGGAGCCUUCAGAAAUCAUGUGUAUGGAAAGUCUUCAACAAACCUUACAGAUGGUAGUGAUCGGGCAGAGGGGGUAAACCUGCAGGAGUUGCUGUUGUCUGCCACGAAGAGAAUGGCAGUGGGCACCUCAUCUUCUGCUUGUGUUAAUGAUACGUCUCUGUUUAUUAUCAGCUUGUUUCAGAGGCACAAGUGGGCUUUGCGGUUUCUAGAUUCAUUUGGAAAGCCAGGCCCAGGACUAUUAGAGUUCAGAGUUAACUUUGUCGGAGACUACAGCCAAUGUCGAAGGAUUUCCGCCCUGUCCACAGAUGGCAGUCGCAGAUUCCAUGGAAACUACUGCACACUCAAAGCAAGUUUAGGACCGCCAAGUCCGAUGGAUCUGCUGUCUCUCCAGUUAGGUGCUUGCAUGCCGGACACGUGUUCAUCCGAGGACAGCACUUUAUUUGUGGAUGAAGUGAUCCACUUGCUCGGUAUCAAUGGGACCCUACAGACGGAGGCGGCGGAGUGCCACACGACAGACAGAGAGAUGACGUCAGUGACAGUUGUCGCCAUAGCCAUAAUUGUCAUCAUCGGCAUGCUGAUGGUCAUUGGCACCGGUUUUGACCUUGUUUUCAUCCAACGGCCGAAGGGGAAAGCCACCACACAGGCUGAUGAUUGUCCAGCCAGUGAUCCAGCUCUACCAGGUCACAGUCAUAUCAUUAAUGAGGAAGAGAACCAAGCACCUAUCACUGAGACUACGGGUUUACUUGCUAAUGUCAGAUGUAAAAAACAGGAGAGUGGUUAUGUGGGUAUAUGUCCCCAGGUGCUACUAGCAUUUUCUGUGUAUACCAACGGAUCUAAAGUGUUGAACACCAGCCAGCCUGAGGGCACACUCAGCGCCGUCCAUGGCAUCAGGUUUCUCAGCAUGUCAUGGGUAGUUCUUGGCCAUGUUUUGGUGUUUGGUAUACGGCAGUUUGGUAAUAUCUAUUCAUUGUUUUGGAGCUGGUUGAAGGAUUGGUCAUUUGAUGCCAUUUCUAAUGCAUUUGUUUCUGUGGACACUUUCUUUACUCUCAGUGGCCUUUUGACAGCUUAUCUCACACUAAAUGAAAUCAAAAAGAGUGGAUGGAAAAUUAACUGGCCACUUUUCUAUUUUCAUCGUUUCUGGAGACUGACCCCGCCCUACAUGCUGACCCUGCUAGCAGUCACGGGUCUCCAGCAGUACCUGGGUUCGGGACCCCUGUGGCCGACGCAGGAGCCCGGAGAUAAAGAGAACUGCGAGAACAACUGGUGGACCAACCUGCUGUACAUCAACAACCUGGUCGAUGUGAAGACAAUG